AAUCGUCAAUCAUCUCAAUACGUCAAGUCAAUACUUGACGCGUCAAAACGGGAAGUAGUUUUGUGAAGUGUAUUCAUAGAUGAAAAUUGCAGUGUUCCUCUAAAAUAAGGCAGAAUCCGGCAUCCGGAUCUUGCAAACUGAUCUACUAUUCAAACAGCAGCUAUCUAUGAUGAAUCCGUAUGGUUUUUGCUAUUCCUGUUUUCCUGCUCGGAACGAAGCUCACUGGCUACUACUGCACAGAGCCUUCGGCAUCCUAUAUCGCUAAACAACUCUAGGAUUCUAGGAAACUAGAGCGCACAAUAAUGGCUAAUAAGAUGGUCGGGAAGGGUAAAUUGCCCGUUGAAUCAGAAGAUGCGCAGAAGUUGAGGUUCCAAGUAGAGCUGGAAUUCGUCCAAUGUCUAGCAAACCCCAACUAUCUUCACUUUCUAGCACAACGUGGAUUCUUCAAGGAUAACGCUUUUAUCAACUAUUUGAAGUAUUUACUCUACUGGAAAGAUCCCGAGUAUGCUAAGUAUCUGAAGUACCCGAUGUGUUUGUAUUUUCUGGAUCUGCUGCAAUACGAACAUUUUCGGCGGGAGAUUGUCAAUGCGCAAUGUUGCAAAUUCAUUGACGAUCAAACUAUUCUGCUAUGGCAACAUUACACUCGCAGGCGAACGAGACUUUCUUCGCUGGGAACCACUAGUCUUACCGGGCUGGCUGUUGGAGGUCAACCUGUCGGUGGUGGUGUUCAGGGUACACUACUAUCGAACGAACCCGUUCCGUUAGCGACCAACAAUAACAACACUAAUAGCACAAAUGCAAACAAUAUUCAACAGCAGCAACAGCCUCCUGCACAGCAGCAACAACAGAAUGGAGGACCUAUGGUCCAACAGAAUGGGUUGCCUAAUAACACCGCAAUUCCGGGAGUAGUCUUAGGGGCUGCUGGCGGAGGAAAUAUCAGUGGGCAAAAGGUGUCUUAGGCUGGCAGUUUGAUGUGUACAAAGUUUCGCGAAAUUUAAGUUUACUUGUGUAAAAAACUGUUUUUAAUGCUUAUAAUAAAAUAUAUUAGCAUAAAA